AUGGAUACCACCACACCUGGCCAGUCUACAACAGUGAUGGAGACCUCCACACCUGGCCAGUCUACAAGUGUAAUGGAGAGCACCACACCUGGUCAGUCUACAACGGUGAUGGAUACAUCCACACUUGGCCAGUCUACAACAGUGAUGGAUACCACCACGCCUGGCCAGUCUACAAGAGUAAUGGGCACCACCACACCUGGCCAGUCUAAAACAGUAAUGGAAACCUCUACACCUGGCCAGUCUACAACAGUUAUGGAUACCACCACACCUGCCCAGUCUAAAACAGUGAUGGAGACGACCACACCUAGCCAGUUUACAACAGUAAUGCAGACCUCUACACCUGGCCAGUCUACAACAGUGAUGGAUACCACCACACCUGGCCAGUCUACAAGAGUAGUGGAGAGCACGACACCUGGCCAGUCUACAACAGUGAUGGAUACCACCACCCAUGGGCAGUCUACAACAGUAAUGGAGACCUCCUCACAUGGACAGUCUACAACAGUGAUAGACACAACCACUCCUGGCCAGCCUACAACAGUGGUGGACACCACCACACCUAGCCAGCCUUCAACAGUGAUAGAUACCACCACACCUGGCCAGUCUACAACAGUGAUGGAUACCUCCACCCAUGGCCAGUCUACAAGAGUAAUGGAUACCACUACACCUGGCCAGUCUACAACAGUGAUGGAGAGCACCACACCUGGCCAGUCUACAACAGUGAUAGACACAACCACUCCUGGCCAGCCUACAACAGUGGUGGACACCACCACACCUGGCCAGCCUACAACAGUGAUAGAUACCACCACACCUGGCCAGUCUACAACAGUGAUGGAUACCUCCACCCAUGGCCAGUCUACAAGAGUAAUGGAGACCUCCACACCUGGCCAGUCUACAACCGUGAUGGAUGCCACCACACCUGGCCAGUCUACAUCAGUGAUGGAUACCUCCACCCAUGGCCAGUCUACAACAGUAAUGGAGACCUCCACACCUGGCCAGUCUACAACAGUGAUAGAUACAACCAUACCUGGCCAGUCUACAACAGUGAUAGAUACAAUCACAUCUGGACAGUCUACAACAGUGAUGGAUACCACCACACCUGGCCAAUCUACUAUUGCGAUGGAUUCUUCAACGCGUGGACAGUCUACACCUUUAUCGGGCACAACUUUUACUUCGUUGUCUUAUACAGUGGAUAUGUCUACUACUUCUCAGUCGUUGGAAACAUCAACUGGAGGUUAG